AUGAGCAAACGCGCCUCCAAGUCCAAGAACCGCGGCUCUGUACCACCCAAGAGCUCCACCGACUCGCUGCGGAAGGAGGACAACAACGGACAUGCAAACACCAGCGCGACUAUGAACGGUGUCAUCCUCGAACACCGCCGCAGGCAUGCGAGUAUCGACGGCACCUCGCCCUCCAGCCAGGCCGCGAGUCUUAUGGGCAACUCAUCCUUCACCCUCGACGAUGAGGUACCGCCAUUGGAUGCCGAGGAGGGUCCUUCGAAAGGCUUCUUCGAGCUGUCGAAGAAGGACCAGCGCAAUUUCCUGCUUCUUGUGCUGCUAUACUUCCUCCAAGGCAUACCCAUGGGGCUGGCGCAUGGUUCUGUACCAUUUCUGCUCAAGAACGUCGUUUCGUACUCGGCCAUUGGCGUCUUCUCGCUAGCCGCGUACCCAUACUCGUUAAAGCUUCUCUGGAGUCCAAUCGUAGAUGCCAUGUGGUCACCGAAGGUUGGCCGAAGAAAGAGCUGGAUCUUGCCCAUCCAGACCAUCUCUGGUUUCUCCAUGAUCUGGCUGGGGAAAAACAUCAACAGGCUGUUGGCACAGGCUGGCGAGUCAGACGGUAGCGUUUGGUCUUUCACCUGGUGGUGGUUUGCUCUGGUCUUCCUUUGCGCAACACAGGAUAUUGCUGUGGAUGGUUGGGCUCUUACUCUCCUUUCCAAUGAGAACCUCGCAUACGCCUCGACCGCUCAAACUGUUGGUCUCACAGCUGGCCAGUUCCUUUCAUACACGGUUUUCCUCGCCUUCAACUCGAAGGACUUCGCAAACAAAUGGUUCCGCCCCGCAGGCGCAGCCGCUGAGACCGGUCUCCUCGAACUCGACAGCUACCUCACGUUCUGGGGCUGGGCGUACCUUAUUGUGACCCUUGGUCUCGCUCUCAUGAAGCGCGAAGACCGCGACAGGAAUACCGAUGGCAUCAAGGAAGUUUACAAGACCAUGUGGGGCAUCCUCAAGCUCAAGAACAUCCAAUCCUUCAUCAUCAUCCACCUAAUCGCCAAGAUUGGCUUCCAAGCCAACGACGCAGUCACCAGCUUGAAGCUGCUGGACAAGGGUCUCAAGCAGGAAGAGCUGUCCCUUGUGAUUCUCGUCGACUUUCCCGUCGAGGUGUUCCUGGGCUACUACAUUGGCAAAUGGUGCCAGACAUACCCACCCAUGCAUAUAUGGUGUUGGUCCUUCAUCGGUCGUCUCGUGGCAGCAGGCUUCGCACAAUUCGUUGUAUCCAUCUUCCCUGCUGGCGGCGCGACGGGCGGGUUCCUACUCAUCGUUAUUGCCGAACACGUGCUGUCCACCUUUAUGAACACGGUCAUGUUCGUUGCAGUCUCAGCAUUCCAUGCGAAGAUCUCUGACCCUGUUAUCGGCGGUACUUACAUGACGCUGCUUGCUACCGUGUCAAACCUUGGCGGCACAUUCCCGCGCUUCUUCGUCCUCAAAGCCGUCGACAUGUUCACCUUCGCUACCUGCUCUCCCCCUUCCAUCCCCCCAAAGACAGACCUCCUCAAGGGCCCCUUGGUCACACAGCCGUUCUCGUGUGCGCUCGAGGGCGACAAGCACCGCUGCAUCAACGGCGGAGGCGUGUGCAACGUCACCACCGACGGAUACUAUAUUGUAAACAUUCUGUGCAUUCUUGUCGGCAUCAUCACCUUCUGGGGCUACAUCAAACCCGCCGUUAUGCGCAUACAGGCCCUACCCUUGCGCGCGUGGAGACUGGCUGCUUGA